AUGUCGCUUCGAAUGCAAGUUGAGAAGAAAAGAGCGCAGGAAGAAAUGCGCCGGCUUAUGGCCGAGCGAAAGAAAAAAGACAGUCAACCUACAAAGAUAGACAACCCUUUAGCAAAGUACAAUGCAGGACAACUAAUGUGCAUACUUUGCUCGUCUGUGGUGAGGUCAGAGAAGGCUUGGCCAGUCCAUUUGAACAGUAAACAACAUAAAGAAAAUGUGGAACAAGCGAAAAAACUAAAGGAACUCACAAAUAACUUUACUAAAGUAAGUAAACAGAAACGUUUGAGUCCACCUAUUGAGGCGCCUCCGCAGAAGAAAAUUAAGAGUAUUUUGAAGAAUGCGAGUGAAGCGCAGUCAGUUUUACCACAGAAACCUAAGAAUGAUGCACCUAGUAUUGUAUCGUACCACAAUGAGGAAGUAAAACGAGCUCCACUUGCGCCUACAGUUAGUGGCAGGGCAGGUAAAAAAGCAGGUCCAUCAACGUCAAAAGAAAAACAAUCAGACAAAACGCCUGUAGCUCCUGACCAACCAAUCCCAGAAGGUUUCUUUGAUGAUCCCAUAUUAGAUGCUAAGGCUCGCAACAUCGAGUAUAAAGAUCCAGUCGAAGAAGAAUGGGACAAAUUUCAAAAAGAAAUUAAAGAAGAAGCAAGUGCUUCAGCCGAGAUCAUUGCAGGCGAACAAGAAGAAGCAACAGCAGAGCGGCAAAUAGAUGAAAUAGAUGAACAAAUUAGGAACUGGUCAAGAGUUUUAGAAUUAGAACUGAAGAAAGAAGAAACGAAAAAGAAAACGCAAGAAGUCGAACAAAUGAGUAUUGAUGAAGAUAAUGAAUCUGGAGGCGAAGCUGACAUCGACGAAUUCUUGGACUGGCGAGCGAAAAAGUCGUAUAGUUAA